CUCUACGUUUCUUUUAGCUACCGCUUUCGUUUGUUUUAAGGCGGAAAAGUCUGAUCGCUAUGCCCGAGCCGGCCAAGUCCGCCCCUGCCCCCAAGAAGGGCUCCAAGAAAGCCGUGACCAAGGCUCAGAAGAAAGACGGAAAGAAGCGCAAGCGCAGCCGCAAGGAGAGCUACUCCAUCUACGUCUACAAGGUGCUGAAGCAGGUCCACCCCGACACCGGCAUCUCCUCCAAGGCCAUGGGCAUCAUGAACUCCUUUGUCAACGACAUUUUCGAGCGCAUCUCGGGAGAGGCUUCCCGCCUGGCGCACUACAACAAGCGCUCCACCAUCACUUCCCGGGAGAUCCAGACGGCCGUGCGCCUGCUGCUGCCCGGGGAGCUGGCCAAGCACGCCGUGUCGGAGGGCACCAAGGCCGUCACCAAGUACACCAGCUCCAAAGUCAUCAAAGUCCAAUGACAGGAUAAAUGUCAAGACUGGUAAUGGCCUGGGAUGAAGUGGACGACCUUCCUUGAAGCUUUUGAUGUCUAAGUUCUAAAAUCUGCUUCAGCCACCUUCAUGGCCACUGUAACAAAAUGUUCUUCCCCGAUCAUUUAGUCAGUGGAAGUUUUCACAUGCUUUGAAGCCUAUCAAUUAUCUUCAACCUGGUUUAGCCCAUCUGCUCAAACAUGCUACAAGCUUCUUGGAACCACAGGAAAUGAAACCUGGGAACACCUAUAUGAAGUGAUGCAGAGUGAACAAAAACAGAAGAGUUUACAUAACAACAAUAAUGGAAGACAAAUAGCUUUGAAAACUUAACGAACUACAAUCAAAGCCAAACAUGCUUCCAGAGGAUGAGCGAUGAAACAUGUUCCCCAGCUCCUGAUACAGUUGAUGGGACUCAAGAUGCAAAAUGAUACAUAAGUUUUGGGCCAUAACCAAUGUAGGACGUGUUUGUUAAGGGUAUUGUUCUCUUUUCUUUUAAAAGUGAUGAUGGAUAUGGAAAGAACAGAAAAAUGCAUAUUAAUUAAAAAAAUAGAACAAUUUUAAAAAUAAAUUUUGAUUUAGCGAUU